AUGACGCUUGACUCGCAAGACAGAAUUUUCCUUGGAACAACAUUCGCGACAGCGGUGGUUGGUGCGGCUCUUCUGAUCGUUGGUUUCGUGCUGCGAUUUGGUCGAGGAUUUGGCACAUUUGUAAACUACGCACGAGCGGAUAAUGAUUUUCUGGAAUUACGUCGUCUCGACAUGAUAUUCGGGCUGUUCACAGCAGCAGCAUGCAUCCUUAUAAUUAUGUUCUUCGUUGCUGCUUUGGCUACUCUCAGGAAGAAUAAGUUUCUUCUACGUGCGUAUUGCGCUAUUAUCGCCUUGAUGGUUGUCGUUCAACUGAUCGCUGGUUUGCUCGCCUUCACCUAUUCGGAUCAGAUUAAUCAGCUGGCUUCGGAUGACAUACUCUAUGAGUCCCUUCACAAAGUUGCUAAAAACUAUGCAUCACCUCCACCAUCUGACGACGAGACGCAAUUCUGGAUUCACACUCAAAAAACGUUCAGCUGCUGUGGAGUUAUGAACUCGCAGGACUGGGCGUUCUCUGAGGCUCAGCUUCAAGCGUAUUCCUGCUUUCGGCCGAACUAUGCAAAUGGCUGCGAAAAGCAAAUCCGCUCUCGUAUUUCUACAGACACACAAUACCUCGGAGCAGCUUCCAUGGGUGUGGUGCUUAUUGAGAUAAUCGCCAGUUUCCUGGCAGGAUAUAGAGCCUAUAACCUCGUGUAUCCUGAUUGA